CCCAGCAGUCCGCCAAGAGUAGAGAGUGAGGGGAUGGGGUCCUCACCUCCGGUACCCUCCCUUCCCUCCAUUCUUCUGUGUCUCCACUCUCUUCCCCUCUCCUCCCCUCUCUCUUUUUUUAUCCUCUUUCCUCCCUCCCCUUCUCUCCCCUCCCCUCCUCCUCCCCUCCGCCCCCCACCCGCUCCUCCCACCUCCCUGGUCACAUGGGGCACCACCGGAUUUAAGCCUAAUCUGCCCAGUGCUCUGCAGAGUGGUGGCUGAGGGGCUGGAGGGCUGAGCUAGCCUCCGGGACCCAGGAGAAGGGGCAAGAGGGGUGCCUAACCCCUCCCCCCAAUGAGCUGGGGGCUGGAGGGGUCGCUGGAGACCCAGUUGGCGCUGGAGACGGUUAUCCAGAGGUUGGAGAACAGUGUCCUCGGGCUGGGCCAGGAGAAGGGCCUGACGGUGCAGGACCCGGCCCAGGACUCUCAGCCCGUCCGCCUGCCCGCCCGCAUCCGAGAGGUUAUCACCCGCAGCCUCUGCCAGCCCGAGAGCCCAGCCCUGCUGCCGGCCACGGAGAUGGCGUCGCUGCUGUCGCUGCAGGAGGAGAACCGGCUACUGCAGCAAGAGCUGUCCCGCGUGGAGGACCUGCUGGCCCAGAGCCGCGCCGAUCGCGACGAGCUCGCCAUCAAGUACAACGCCAUCAGCGAGAGGCUGGAGCAGGCUGUGCGGCUGGAGUCUGGGGAGCUGGAAACGCAGGAGCCCACGGGGCUGGCCCAGCAGAGUGUGGAGCUGCGGCGGCAGCUGCAGGAGGAGCAGGCCUCCUACCGGCGCAAGCUGCAGGCCUACCAGGAGGGCCAGCAGCGGCAGGCCCAGCUCGUGCAGCGGCUGCAGGCCAAGAUCCUCCAGUACAAGAAGAAGUGCACAGAGCUGGAGCAGCAGCUGCUGGAGAGAACCACGGAGCUGGAACAGCAGCGGCUGAGAGAUGCUGAGCACAGCCAAGCCCUGGAGAGCGCCCUCAUCCGGCUGCAGGAGGAGCAGCAGAGGAGCUCCAGCCUGGCCCAGGUGAACGCUAUGCUCCGAGAGCAGCUGGACCAGGCGGGCUCGGCCAACCAGGCUCUGAGCGAGGACAUCCGCAAGGUGACCAGCGACUGGAGCCGCAGCCGCGAGGAGCUGGAGCAGCGGGAGGCGGCCUGGAGGCGUGAGGAGGAGUCCUUCAAUGCCUACUUCAGCAAUGAGCACAGCCGUCUGCUCCUCCUCUGGAGGCAGGUGGUGGGUGUCCGGCGGCUGGUGAACGAGGUGAAGAUGUACACCGAGAGGGACCUCCUGCAACUGGGAGGGGAGCUGGCCCGGACGUCACGGGCCAUCCAGGAGGCUGGCCUGGGGCUGAGCACUGGCCUGCGGCUGGCUGAGAGCCGGGCCGAGGCAGCCCUGGAGAAGCAGGUCCUGCUACAGGCCCAGCUGGAGGAUCAGCGGCGGGUCAAGGUUCUCUGCGAGAAGGACCUGGCCCAGCUGCAGGUGCAAAGUGACCUGGACAAGGCCGACCUCAGAGCCAGAGUGACAGAGUUGGUCCUGACCGUAGAGCACCUUCAGAAUGAGAGUCUGGAAAAGGAUCAGGUCAACAAGGCCCUCACUGAGAAGCUUGAGGCCCUGGAGUCUCUGCGGCUACAGGAGCAGGCGGCCCUGGAGGUGGAGGAUGGAGAGGGGCUGCAGCAGACCCUCAGGGACCUGGCACAGGCUGUCCUGUCGGACACAGAGAGCGGCGUCCAGCUCAGCGGCUCGGAGCGCACCGCGGACACGUCGGAUGGCAGCCUGCGGGGGCUCUCCGGCCCGCGGACCCCGUCCCCGCCGCGGCGCUCUUCUCCCGGCCGCGGCCGUUCCCCGCGCCGAGGCCCGUCCCCGGCCUGCUCCGACUCCUCCACCCUCGCCCUGAUCCACUCCGCCCUGCACAAGCGCCAGCUGCAGGUCCAGGACAUGCGUGGGCGCUAUGAGGCGAGCCAGGACCUCCUGGGGACGCUGCGGAAGCAGCUUGGCGACAGUGAGGGUGAGCGCCGGGCCCUGGAGGAACAGCUGCAGCGUCUGCGGGACAAGACUGACGGGGUCACCCAGGCCCACGAGGAUGCCCGGCGUGAGGCCCAGCGUCUGCGGAGUGCCAACGACCUCCUGAGCAGGGAGAAGGCUGGCCUGGCCCACACCCUGCAGGCCGCCCAGCAGCAAGCUGAGCAGCUGCAGCAGGAGCGGGACAAGCUGCAGGCUGCACAGGAGGAGCUGCGGCGCCAGCGGGACCUCCUAGAGGAAGAGCGGGAGGAUGUGGUGCAGGAUGGCGUGCGGGCACGCCGGGAGCUUGAGCGCAGCCACAAACAGCUGGAACAGCUGGAAGCGAAGCGCUCAGGGCUGGCAAAGGAGCUGGUGGAGGUGAGGGAGGCGCUGAGCUGCACCACGCUGCAGCGGGACGUGCUGCAGGCCGAGAAGGCCGAGGUGGCCGAGGCCCUGAGCAAGGCCGAGGCCGGCCGCGUGGAGCUGGAGCUCUCGAUGACCAAGCUGCGGGUGGAGGGGGCCUCCCUGCGCGACUCCUUGUCCAAGCUGGGCGCCCUCAACGAGAGCCUCGCUCAGGACAAGCUGGCUCUGAACCUCCUCGUCGCCCAGCUGGAGGAGGAAAAGGCAGCCCUGCUGGGGCGGCAGCGGCAGGCAGAGCAGGAGACGGCCUUGGCACGGGAGGAGCUGGAGCGGCUGGAGCAGCUGCGGCUGGAGCAGGAGGUGGAGCAGCAGGGCCUGGAGGGCUCCCUGCGGGUGGCGGAGCAGGCCCGCGAGGCCCUGGACCACCAGCUCCCCACCCUGCGCCUGGAGCGCAACCGGCUGCAGGAGCAGCUGGCCCAGCUCUCCCGGCAGCUGAGCGGGCGGGAGCAGGAGCUGGAGCAGGCCCGGUGGGAGUCUCAACGGCAGGUGGAGGUGCUGGAGCGGGCCGCCCGGGAGAAGGAGGCGCUGGCCAAGGAGCGGGCUGGACUGGCAGUGCAGCUGGCGGCGGCUGAGCGCGAAGGCCGGACCCUGGCAGAGGAAGCCACACGCCUGCGCUUGGAGAAGGAGGCCUUGGAAAGCAGCUUGUUUGAAGUGCAGCGGCAGUUGGCCCAGCUCGAGACCCGCCGGGAGCAGCUGGAAGCAGAUGGGCAGGCCUUGCUGCUGGCCAAGGAGACCCUGACGGGGGAGCUAGCAGGCCUGCGGCAGCAGAUAAUAGCUACAGAGGAGAAGGUAGCACUGGACAAGGAGCUGAUGGCCCAGAAGCUGGUGCAGGCUGAGCGGGAGGCCCAGACCUCUCUGCGGGAGCAGAGGGCAGCCCACGAGGAGGACUUGCAGCGACUCCAGCGAGAGAAGGAGGCCGUGUGGCGGGAGCUGGAGUCAGAGCGCGCCCAGCUGCAGGGUCAGCUGCAGCGGGAGCGGGAGGAGCUGCUGGCCCGGCUGGAGGCCGAGAAGGAGGAGCUGAGCGAGGAGAUCGCCACCCUGCAGCAGGAACGCGACGAGGGCCUCCUCCUGGCCGAGAGCGAGAAGCAGCAGGCCCUGUCCCUGAAGGAGUCCGAGAAGACGGCGCUAUCAGAGAAGCUGAUGGGUACACGGCACAGCCUGGCCACCAUCUCCCUGGAGAUGGAGCGGCAGAAGCGAGAUGCUCAGAGUCGGCAAGAGCAAGACCGGAGCACCGUGAACGCCCUGACUUCUGAGCUGCACGACCUCCGGGCUCAGAUGGAGGAGGCCGCGGCUGCCCACGCCCAUGAGGCGAAGAGGCUGCAGGAGCAGGCCCAGGACCUGGCCAAGCAGCGGGAGUCCUGCCUGCGCGAGGCCGAAGAGCUCCGGACGCAGCUGCGCCUGCUGGAGGACGCCCGCGAUGGCCUGCGGCGGGAGCUCCUGGAGGCCCAGCGCCGGGUGCGUGAGAGCCAAGAGGGCCGCGAGGCCGAGCGCCAGGAGGCAGGCGAGCUGCGGCGCAGCCUGAGCGAGGGCGCCAAGGAGCGGGAGGCCCUGCGGCGCUCCAAUGAGGAGCUGCGGGCCGCCGUGAAGAAGGCAGAGAGCGAGCGGAUCAGCCUGAAGCUCGCCAACGAGGACAAGGAGCAGAAGCUGGCCCUGCUCGAGGAGGCUCGGGCAGCCGUGGGAAAGGAGGCCGGGGAGCUGCGGGCUGGGCUGCAGGAGGUAGAGCACUCACGGCUCGAGGCUCGGAGGGAGCUGCAGGAGCUCCGGCGGCAGAUGAAGAUACUGGAUAGCGAGAACACCCGGCUGGGCCGAGAACUGGCAGAGCUGCAAGGCCGCCUGGUACUGGGCGAGCGGGCAGAGAAGGAGGGCCGGCGGGUGGCCCUGGGCCUCCGGCAGAGGCUGCUGAAGGGCGAGGCCAGCCUGGAGGCUGUGCGACAGGAGCUCCAGGGGGCCCAGCGGAAGCUGCAGGAUCAGGAGUGCGAGUUCCGGACCCGCGAGCGAGGCCUGCUGAGCUCCCUGGAGGAGGCGCGCGGCGCGGAGAAGCAGCAGCUGGACCUCGCCCGCAGUCUGGAGCUGAAGCUGGAGGCGGCGAGGGCCGAGGCCGCGGAGCUGGGACUGCGGCUGAGCGCGGCCGAGGGCCGGGCGCAAGGCUUCGAGGCUGAGUUGGCCCGCGUGGAGGCGCAGCGGCGCACGACGGAGGCUCAGCUGGGAGGGCUGCGCUCGGCUUUGCGCCGCGGCCUGGGAGUAGGCCGCGCACCCAGCCCUGCCCCGCGGCCGGCACCCGCUGGAGGAAGUGGGGAGGGGCUCCGCAGCCCCAGCCCCUUAGAAUGCAGCCCUGGGUCCGAACCACCGUCUCCAGGACCUGUCACCUCCCCGGCAUCUCCAGACCUGGAUCCUGAGGCAGUGCGGGGGGCCCUCCGGGAAUUCCUUCAGGAGCUGCGGAGCGCCCAAAGAGAACGGGAUGAGCUUCGGGUCCAAACAAGUGCCCUGACUUGCCAGCUGGCCGAGGUGGAGGCCGAGAGGGACACUGCAAGCUCACGGGCAAGGCAGCUGCAGAAGACUGUGGCUGAGAGUGAGGAAGCCCGGCGCAGUGCGGACGGGCGACUGAGUGGGGCCCAGGCCGAGCUGGCGCUGCAGGAGGAGAGCGUGCGACGCAGCGAGCGGGAGCGCCGGGCCGCGCUGGACCAGGUGUCCUCCCUGGAGAGGAGCCUGCAGGCGGCUGAGGGCCAGCACCGGGUGAGCCAGGAGAAGAUCAGCAAGAUGAAAGCCAAUGAGGUGAAGCUGGAGAAUGACAAGCGGCGCCUGAAGGAGGUGCUAGAUGCCUCCGAGAGCCGCACCAUCAAGCUCGAGCUGCAGCGGCGCUCACUCGAGGGGGAGCUGCAGCGCAGCCGCCUGGGCCUGAGUGACCGAGAAGCCCAGGCCCAGGCCCUCCAGGAUCGGGUGGAUGCCCUGCAGAGACAGGUGGCAGACAGUGAGGUGAAGGCGGGGACCCUGCAGCUGACAGUGGACCGGCUGAGUGGGGCCCUGGCCAAGGUGGAGGAGAGCGAGGGUGCCCUGCGGGACAAAGUGCGGGGCCUGACGGAAACCUUGGCCCAGAACAGUGCCAACCUCACCAGCUCCCAGGACAAGAACCUGCACCUGCAGAAGGCCCUGGCCGCCUGUGAGCAUGACCGCCAGGUGCUCCAGGAGCGGCUGGAGGCUGCCCGUCAGGCAUUAUCUGAAGCCCGGAAGCAGAGCGGCUCCCUUAGCGAGCAGGUGCAGACCAUGCGGAGUGAGCUGGCAGACCUGAAGCUGCAGAAGGCGGAGGCCGAGGGCCGGCUGCAACAGCUGCAGGAGGCCCUGCGGCAACGGCAAGAGGGCGAGGCUGCAGCCCUGCACAUGGUCCAGAAGCUGCAGGGCGAGCGGCAGCUGUUGCAGGAGCGCCUGGGCAGCCUGCAGCGUGCCCUGGCUCAGCUGGAGGCCGAGAAGCGGGAGGUGGAGCGGUCAGCCCUGCGGCUGGAGAAGGACCGGGCAGCCCUCAAGAAGACCCUGGACAAGGUGGAGCGGGAAAAGCUCCGCAGCCACGAGGACACCGUGCGGCUGAGUGCAGAGAAGGGCCGCCUGGACCGCACGCUCACGGGGGCCGAGCUGGAGCUGGCCGAGGCGCAGAGGCAGAUCCAGCAGUUGGAGGCCCAGGUGGUGGUGAUGGAGCAGAACCACAGCCCGGAUCGGCUAGAGGCAGAUGAGCAGCAUCGGCUGGAGCUGCAGCAGGAGGUGGAGCGUUUGCGCAGUGCCCAGCUGCAGACGGAGCGCACGCUGGAGGCGCGGGAGCGGGCCCACCGCCAGAGGGUGCGGGGGCUGGAGGAGCAGGUACCCAGGCCUCGCUGGGCUCCGGUCCCUCGCCAGGGGGCGGCAGAGCCUGCAGGACUCGCCCCUGGGGAGAAUGGGCUGGGGUGGAACUGGAGCUGGAGGAGGAGGAGGAGAGGGCUGGGCGUGAGCUCUUGGUCUAAGCAGUUGCCGGCUUCCUUACUGAAAAGGUCUGGGAUGGGUGUCCGCCGCCAUCAGGCAUGGCUGGUCCUGGGGGCACAAGGCGUGUCACUGGGACUUGGUCAGUCUCGCCGCGGCUCUGCUCCCCUCUGCUUACAUGCCCAGGCAGUCCCUCCCACCAGGCGGCACCAGUGACCCCCAGCGGUUCCAGCUUUGGGUCAUCCCCGAGGAGAAAGGUGGACCCUUUCCUGAGAGCCCCAGCAGAGAUCCCGAGCAUGCUCCUCAGUGGCCAGCUGAGAUCACUUGCCCCUUCCUGACCAUCCCUGGAACAAUCCUGUCUGCAGGGCAAGGCUGCUCUGAUAGGCCAGGCCAGGUCCCAUGUCCACCCCCUGGAGACAGGACUAGGAGGCCCACCCAAAUGGGGAUGGGGAGCAUCUCCCAGAGUCUGAGUGGUCAGAAGAUAGCAGUCUGCUGCGUGGAGCACAAUGAUGAGAACCGAGCCACAUCUAUUCCGAAAUAGGCAGCCUCGGAUCCCUUCUGGGGCCCCAGCUUGAGGCAGAAGGCCCGUCCAUCGUCGCCUUCCCCGCUCUGAAAUCAGGCUGGGGACCUGGGCUGGUCCUACCUUCUCUGUCUUCCCCAGGUGUCCACCCUGCAGGGACAGUUGCAGCAGGAGUUUCGAAGGAGCUCAGCAUCCUUCUCCCCACCCUCCGGCCCCUCGGGGAAAUGAGCCUCUUCCUGCUGGGAUUCCUGCGGGCAGCCCCAGACCAGGGCAGGAGGGGCCUCCUCCCCAGCACAACCCGCCCUGGGUCCGUCAGGACCCCCACAGUGUGGCUGGGGGUGAGGAGGAGCCAGGGUGGCAGGGCUGAGGGCCAGGGGCUCUGGCUGUAGGCCAUACCCGGCAGUGGCUUUUCAGAAGCCUCAGGGACACCGACUGUGGGGCCCACCUCAGUUCAGCUUCCUUCCCCCUGGAGUGAGCCACUCUAGAUUGUGGGAGACCCUUCCUGAGGGCAGGCGAGACCCCGGCCCUGGUCUCUGGAGUAUGGGCUCAUGGGAAAGAGGAGGGCAGGGCUUGGAGACCCAGGCCCUGCUUCUGGCUUUCCACAGAUCCCUCCACCUUAGUUCAGAGUGUUUGUUAGGAAAUCCCCCAAAGAGCUCAGAGUCCCUGUAUUUUUAUACCUUUUUACAAUGUUAACUGUUUAGAACUGU